AUUUUAGGACUAAGACUACUCAAUUUCAGAAUCUUAAGAAAUUAAUUCAAGGUUUUUCCAUGUAUUCACUGUUGUGAAUUGUAAAAACAUGACAAAAAAAAAGAUAACAUGGUUUAACAUGAGCUUGGGCUGAUUUUAUAUCUCUCCCUGUCUUUACUGUCUGCUACACAUUUUCUUUCUAUCCCUCACUUGACAAGAGGUGAGAAGCUCUGCAGUAACUUGUCCUUUCCUUGUUGUUAAACAGGUAGCCAUGUAGAGAUGGGAUGCUUUCUGAGCUGUGGAAACAUUGGAGAGGCUGGGGAGGAUUAACAUGGCAUCACUCUGUGUAGACAGAUGUGCUGCUAUUCAGCUCCUCCAUGAUCAUGUUUUAUAAACUAUGUCAUAAACUAAGUCAUCUGCAUCUCUGAGUCACCAAGUACCACUAUGUUUAUUGCAGUGCCAAAAGAGUUAACUCAAACAACCAUUUCAUGGCAGUCUAUCAAGUAUUUCUCCCGACAAAACACAAUAUGUCAGUUUUUGAACCCUAAGAUAAUCAUUUCUUCCCCAGUGUUAACUAAAUUUCAACUAGACAGGUUUUUGGGUUUGUUUUUUUUUUGCGCUUUGGUGUAGUCGGCUCAUUAGCAAAUGAUUUACCUUUCACAACCGGUCACAGUGACCUGCAGGUAGAUGCAAUCUCCCAGAUGACCCCAAAUAAAAUACGUCAUCUGUGUGAACCUGCAACUGCUAGUAGCAGAGACGGAGCAGGGGCAGAGACGUUAUUCAGAUGGAUAUAUUUUCAGAGUUAGAGUGUAUAGACCCCGUGGCUCUUAAUUAUAACUAGCCUAACUGUGCUUUGUAUUGAUAAAUCCCCACAGAUUUGUAAUUGCCCCCUUUUCUCUCAGUCCUGACCCUCUGUCACUUUUGUCUCAACUCUAAUAUGACCUAUAUGGCGCAAAUGCUCAAUCCGUUACUAUAGUAUAGCAUAUAUAUAUAUAUAAAGAGUACUAUCAUUUUCACUAUCAGAGUGACAAGUAGCAAGGUGUAGUCGCACAAGAGGAAAAGAGACACACUGUCGCCUGCGGCAUUCCUAUAAUAUUCCUACGAUGAUCUGUAGCAUCCCUGUGGCUGAUAACACAUCCCCAGGGCAAUCCACCUCUGUUAGUAAUAAACUUGGUUAAAGUUUGGGUCCUACCACUGUAAUAAAUUAACAAAUAACCUGCUGCCAGUCAGACUUGAAAAGCACAUGUUAUAUCAGCUGAACAGUGACUAACAGUAUUUAACAGAGCACAAAAGAGGCUCAUUUUCAUCUGUAGUGGGAAAAUACUGAACAUGUGACAAAGAGUGAGAGUCUUUACAUCAGGUAUCAGGAUUCGGUGCAAUGUGGGACGCAAAACUCUGGAUCCGUAUGGACGUGGGUCGGUGUUUUGGAGGACCAGAUUUAGUGACCAACUUGGUGGUGGCGAGCCCAGACCAGCGUGGAUGUGGUGUGGCCUGACGUAGGACCUGCUGGCAGAGGACAUCGGAUUUGCUUUAUUCAUUCACUCUGAUGCUAGAUAAGAAGAUGUAGAUACUAUUAACUCUACCUGGGUAGUAACAGUAACCAACACUGAACACACCUCAGGACACCAAGAACGGAUCUUUUGAAGCUUUCAUGACUAAGUCGAAGGAGUUUUUGAGUUUGAGGGUCUCACUCAGAGUGACUUGUUCUUUUAUUUUUGUUUAUUAUUUUUAAAGCACUCAGUAUUAUUUUAUUUUCAUACAAACUACAGUACAGGGAAUGUUUUGCUUAUCGCUGAAGAUGCUAUAAGACUGUCAACUGUUCAGCCCAGUACCUACUUCCUUUGUGAGUUGUUUAAGGAUUACUCCUAAAGGACCUAGACAGAUGUUUGUAUCUCCUGCCCCACCCAGUUAGGACUUGAGGUGCUACAUGAUAUUUUCUAUCAUUUCUGCACAGUUGCAUCAUUUAUUUUCAAGAUGAAGUUUGACGAUAUUCUGGAAGAGUUGAAUGGCAUGGGGAGAUUCCAGAUAACGACGAUCCUGUUGAUGAUAGCUGCUCGUAUGACUUUGCCUUUUCACUAUCUGCUGAAUAAUUUCAUAGCGGCUGUUCCCUCUCACCACUGCGACAUCACCUCUCUGGAUUAUGGAGACGCUUUUAGGAAUUUAUCACAUGAAGAGAGACUUAUUGUCAGUAUUCCAGUUCAGGAGGAUGGGACUCUGAGCUCCUGUCAGAUGUUUGCAGAGCCUCAGUAUCAUCUGCUGAUAGAAUCCUCCAACAUCACUGACCUACACACAGUGCCGUGUCAGAAUGGAUGGAUGUACGAUAACACCACCUUCGAGUCUACUCUGGCCACAGAGUGGGAUCUGGUUUGUGAUAAGAGAGGACUGAACAAAGCCACGGCCACGAUUUUCUUCAUUGGCGUCAUGCUUGGCGCAGCAGUAUUUGGUUAUCUGAGUGACAGGUUUGGCAGGAAAAGGGCACUUCUGGUGUCCUAUGUGACAUCCACCGUCUUUGGAUUUACAAGUGCUUUCUCAUCCAAUUUCAUCAUGUUUGCUGCCCUGAGGUUCUUUACAGGAUUUGGACUCUCUGGAAUAGGUUUAAUCACUGUGGCCCUUCGUGUUGAAUGGGUGGACGUUAAGCAUCGAAAUGCAGUGGGCAAUUUAUUGGGCCUGGACUGGAGUAUUUUUACUGCUCUGCUCCCUGUUGUGGCCUAUUUUGUGAAUGACUGGAGGUACCUGGUGGCCACAGUAACCUCUCCACUGUGUCUGGGCAUUAUCUGUUGGUGGUGGCUCCCUGAGUCUGCCAGAUGGCUGAUAAGUAACGGAAAGGUGGAGAGUGCUCAUUUUUACCUGACCAAGUGUGCAAAAGUCAACGGCAGAGAGCAGUUCAUGGCUGACCUAAAUCUUGAGGUACUGUCCAAAGAAAUACCUGUGGAAAAUGAAAACAGAAAAUAUUCCUAUUUGGACCUCGUGAGGACCCCUAGAAUGAGGAGACUGACUCUGCUCACUGGCACUGUGUGGUUUGCAGCGGCCUGUACCUAUUACGGAAUCAGCUUGAAUAUUGACGGCUUUGGUGUGAACAUUUAUCUCACACAGUUCAUCUACGGCGCAAUUGAAGUGCCAGCAGUUGUCUUCGUGUUUUUCAGCUUUGACAAAAUUGGUCGAAAGUUAACUCAGGCUGGAACACAGUUCCUGACUGGACUGUGUAUACUCUGCAACAUGUUUAUCCCUCAAAAUAAGGGGCCAUUUCAGACGACUGUGGGAGCUUUGGGCAAAAUGUUCGCAGAGGCAGCUUAUGGGAGUGUAUUUCUGUACACAACAGAGCUUUACCCCACAGUACUGAGGCAAAAUGGAGUGGGUUUCUGCUACGUCUUGGGCCAAAUCGGUGUGGCUGUGUCUCCCAUUAUUAGCCUUCUUGAUGAAGUGUGGGGCCGUUUACCCAGUAUUGUUUUCAUCUUGUUGGCUUUUGCUGCUGGGCUGUCGACUUUGCUUCUCAGGGAGACACGAAACGUCCGUCUGCCAGAGACUAUUGAGGAUGUGGAACAGACAAGAAGACCAGUCUCCACACCUGAGGAGAAAUCUCAACUCUGAAUUUUGUUAUUUUGUACAUGAGCAGGACAGCUAUUUUUAUGUCCGUAUGUGUGUAUAAAGCUGAAUAAACAUCAUAAUGUGUGGGUGA